GGUGGAGAUGGUAUAGUAUGGUAUUGGACGAGAUCCGAUUCUCUCUAGUCGACGAAGGUAACCUCUGAGGAAAUACCGUGGUAGCCAGCGAGGGUCGGCGACCGCCAGCUAACCAACACGGAGUUAUCUUAUCAAGCCUGUUCCAUCUUAUCUUAUCUGGCACAAGUUCCCUUUCAACUUCCAUCAUGUCGUCUCAACCAUCCAUCAUGUCGUCUCAACCAUCCAUUUCAACCGCAGACCGAGAGCGUCUUAUCCAGGCUGCGAUUGAUGCGAAAAAGGGUUCAUACAGCCCUUACUCCAAAUUUCGCGUGGGCGCAGCAUUACUCACAUCCGAUGGACAGAUUGUAUCUGGUGCGAACAUAGAAAAUGCCUCGUAUGGCGGGACGAUCUGUGCGGAACGCACCGCACUUGUCAAGGCUGUUAGCGAUGGAUCGCGAUCCUUCGUCGCACUCGCUGUGAAUACCGAUGUCGCUGAGGCUCUCUCGCCUUGCGGUAUCUGUCGCCAGGUCAUCCGCGAGUUUUGCGCGCUCGCGAUGCCCGUGCUACUUGUCCCUGCUGGAUAUACCUCUGCAGUCAAGGAAGAUGGCAUAAAAGAGACAACGGUUGGAGGCCUCUUGCCGGAUAGCUUUGGACCUGAACAUCUGGAGCUACCGAGGACGGGGUAGAGGGAAUACAGGACUGAGGAACGUUCAGGGAGAGCGAAGAUGUAGGAGACAUAUGCAUACCCGUAAAAUGGAGGACAAGCCGGUUCAUGAAUCUAUAUCUGUCUCUUUGACUCAUAUCGCUUGACCUGGGAUUUAGAUCUGAUAAGUAGAAGGAGUAAGAGCAACAAUGGCAAAUUUUAGGUCUUGCUACGCUU